GUUAUGAACAGAAUUGCCUCUAUAAAUCCUAUAAAGUGAUAUAUUCUCCCCAGCUUCUACAUAUUGACUUGAAGGCUGGUCUAUACACCUCCAAGCAAUGUCGCUUCCUACCCUCAAUCACGUCUUUACCAUGGCGAUCACGCCAAAGGAGCCAAUUAAUGCCGGUGAAACUCCAAGAGGAAAGGCAAAUUGGUUCGAAAUCACGGAUGGAACAAUUACUGGAGCAGACGGCAGCCAUAUUGCGGAAGUAACCUCUGGUGGAGGAGACUAUCUUACUCGAUACGUCGAAGACAAUGUUGCUGAAGUGGACAUGCGGCUGAUAGCCAAAGACUCGAAUGGCGAGCUGUUACGCCUCAGUGUAAUGGGUUAUGAUUAUCUUGAUCGAGCAACUAUGCUGGCUUUGGAUGGCCAGGCUGGCGAGGAUUUGGGCAGUGACACGUCGAAUAUCACUGAACCGUAUGGAUUUGAGAUACUCAAAUGUAGCACGGCGAGUCAAAAGUACAGGUGGAUGAAUUUUGCAAUCUUACUUGCACGUGUAAAUUUUGUCUUUGGUGCUGCGGGUAUUGACAGUGUUGUAUACAAGGUAUACCAUGUCACAAACUAGGAUUGCACGAACAGAUAAUGUAGUGGGCAGAGAGCGUAAGGCAAGAAUUGGAUAUACUCGAGUCAAUUGUUGAAUGAAAUAUUUUGGAUAUUGAUUUAUAAAUGUGCCAUUAGAGAUAGUGCGAAGAUUGAGCCACUUUUGCUGUGUACACAUGAUUAAGCCAAUAUCAACCCUUCAACGGAAAUGCUUAAUAUAACACAAUGCUUGGCCAUCUUUCAUUUAAAUAAUUCUUUAUAUAAGGUUCCUUUUAUAUAUAUCUUAGC